GAUUCUUCCAUUUUCUCAUCAGACAGCGCCCUCCACGCCAACUGUUGGGUGUGUUUUUCGCCUACUUAAGGCCCCUAUAGCGACCUCAGAUGUCGAACAAUUAAGAUUACAGCUGUUGAAUAUCUCUCAUUUCCAAUUCGAAGCUGCCCGCAUUCCCGAAAUGCCUCCCCAUCUCCAUCCGCGCUCACGAAUGACCACUUCGUUAUUCACGACGACUCUUCUAGCAUCUUUUGCGGUGGUCGGCUUGCCCCAUAUCCUACCAUGUCCCGCCGGACCGCGAACCAGCUUUGCGGAUGGCGAAAUGAACGUCAAUGGACAAAAGCGAAGGCGAAGAAAGUCUAUGUCGCCAGCAGACGAGAAUACGCAAUCUGAACCUUCUUCAUCCGACAAUCUCGAUGGAAACAUGGAGGCUGUAUCCUUUCAACCUCGUGGACGGGAGUGUCCCGUGCCGAAACCCCGCGGACUUGUUGGAGAAAUCUUAGGCUUCAAGUCGACAGGAAAAGAAACAUCAUUACCGCCAGUGGAAAUAACAUCGCGGAGAGUAUCACGGAGCGAGGAUUGAGAUAGAUUGGGGCAAAUGUAAUCAUAACACUUGAUGCUUCGACGACCGACGAGGUGGUCGACUUGAUGGCCGACUUGGACGAAUGGCCGCAUGGAUUCUAGAGGGAUUGUACAACAAUGGGCGCAGUUUCGGAUG